AUGACGCGGCUCUGCUGGUCCCAGCCAGCGCAGGGCGGGCAGGCCUCAGCCAAGGGCCGGCACGACAGGCCACGGCCCCAUGCGGCCCAGACUCAGGCUGGCCAGGUGGCGGCCCUGAGCGCCCACGGGGCAGGUCCCACAGACGCGCUUGGGUGGCCCCAAGCUCUGUUCUCAGCCCCCCAGACCUCGGCCCGGGACAGCACCCUGGUCCUGGACGGAGAGGGCACGCCGGGGCCUCUGCGGCACGUGUCUGAGGGGCGUAACCUGUACUUCCACGUGGAAUUUGCUCUUCCAGAUGCUGUGCAGGGGUCCAGCCCCGGCUCCCCAGCUGCUCCUGGCCCUCCGGAAUGUUCUCCGAGCAAGAAAACAAAGAAGGCCGCCCCCACGGCCGACCCCCUGCCGCGCCCUGCCGCCCGGGAGGACAAGGUCCCCUGCAAGCUCAUGGCCUCUGAGCUCAAGUCCUGCCUGCGGCAGGCCCGGGAGCUGGGGGCCCGGGCCCGGGAGCUGAGCACCAGAGCCCUGGAGGAGGAUGUGGGGGAGCCCAGUGCUCCCGAGGCUGACGGCGGAGAGUCCGCGCCCGCCUACCAGCGAUUCCACGCCCUGGCCCAGCCGGGCCCCCCGGGCCUGGGGCUGCCCUACAAGUACCAGGUGCUGGCCGAGAUGUUCCGCGGCAUGGACACCAUCGUGGGCAUGCUCUUCAACCGCUCCGAGACCGUCACCUUCGCCAAGGUCCAGCGGGGCGUCCAGGACAUGCUGCGCAAGCGUUUUGAGGAGCGCAACGUGGGCCAGAUCAGGACCGUGUACCCCGACGCCUACCGCUUCCGCCAGGAGCGCCACGUCCCCACCUUCACGGACGCCGUCCGGACGUCCGACUACCAGCUGACCGUCGAGCCGCUGCUGGGCCCGGUGCCCUGA